CCGUAUUCUCUUCCUUACCCUGAAAUGCUUUUUCGGGGCUCAUGACUCGGGUCAGCUAGCUUUGGUCAAGCGCUCACGAGUACAGGGUCUGAACCUGGGUGGGAUGGGGCGGUUUUUCCUGUGGGCCUUUUUGGUUUGAAGAAGUAACAACCGCCCCCUUUGAGAACACAGUGAUUCCAGCUCCGCCUCGUUUCCUCCCAGUGCUCAGCUGCGGUGUGUGGCCUGAUGGUGAUCAGUAGUAAGCCCUGCAAUGAGAGGCCCCAAAGGCCGUGACGUACAAUCUGUUUCCCAAAACGAACGAGCGGAAUCGAGCUUAUUAGUUCCGGGUCGAGAGCGGUCUUGCGAGGAAGAUCUGUUUCCCCAAUUUGAACAUGGCUGCGCCCGGUGCCCGCUGAGGAAAAGGAGGUGACUGUCCGAGACCGUCUUAGCGAUGGCGCUUCAGUCGCAAUUCUGCAAGUUGUUGUCGAUUUGCAGGAACCCCGAGUAUAGGUUGGCAGCCCUCUCAACCAGUUCCAAGCCGACAGUGAAACCCGAAGUGGACCCUCAGGAGAAUGAAGCUGUUGCCCCAGAGUUCACCAACCGGAACCCCCGGAAUCUGGAGCUCUUAGGUGUAGCCAGGAAAGAACGGGGUUGGAGAACAGUGUGGCCCUCUCGUGAGUUCUGGCACAGGUUGCGAGUUAUAAGGACUCAGCAUCAUAUAGAAGCAUUUGUUGAGCAUCAGAGUGGCCAGAUUGCGGUUUCGGUGUCCACUCGUGAAUGGGCUAUUAAAAAGCACCUUUACAGUACCAGAAACGUGGUGGCUUGUGAGAGUGUAGGACGAGUGCUGGCACAGAGAUGCUUAGAGGCAGGAAUCAACUUCAUGGUCUACCAGCCAACCCCUUGGGAAGCAGCCUCAGACUCGAUAAUACGACUAAAGAAUGCCAUAACAGAAGGUGGUGUAGUUCUACGGGAACCUCGGAGAAUCUAUGAAUAAAUUAGAAGCAUUGUUUUGAAUGUGAUGAAACUUAGCAGCUGUGAUAGCCACCAAAAGAGCAUCCAGAAGACAACCAACUUGGCAGUUUAUGGCAACAUCACAGUGGGACAUUUAUAGUUAAAAUCAUAACCCCUUCCCCUUGUGUGUAUGUAUAUUUUUUUUAAAUCAAGGUUUAAAUUCUUCCUCUCUUUUGGACAUGAGAGAAUCAUCUGUGAAAAGCAGUAACAAAUUAUAAUAAGUUCCAAAAUAAAGGUUUAUUAUGAACUCUU